UCAGUGAAUUAUUUCGUGAUCCUUUCUACGAGGUCUCGUCGCUGCGGCAUCGUUAACUCUACGGUAAAUAUUCUCAACUAUCAAUAAUUUAUAAUAUUUUUUAUACUCCAACGAUUUAUUCGCGAACACGUCGAUUGAAAAUAAACCUUGCGAAGUGGAGGUUAGAAUCGCAAUGGAGUCGGUUGGCCGGCCUGUUUCUCGGCAACGUUUAUCACUAUAAAGCGGUAGGGACAGUCUGCUAUUUCUGUCAUUAAACUGUGAUAAGAAAAAAGCUCGCAAUAAUUCAUUCGAGGGUAUAAUUACUCGAAGCUAAUGGAAUAUUAUCGCAAUGACGUAAACGACACCGUGUAAAAUACAGGUAAAACUACGAACGCCGAUGGUUUCUCUUUCGUUGAUGCGAGUGCGUUGAGUGAAAGGAACGAUGAAAUCGUGUCGAGAAUAACGAGAGCAUCGGUCGAGUCGAAAGCAAUAAUCUAGUGAUCCGAUCUUGAUGUUCUGUUGGUCCAGCGAUCAUGACGCGAUUGAGAGGCAGGGCCUCUUUGAUGGUAAUCGUAAUGAUCAGCUUCACUCUGCUGAUCAUUACUUAUCACAUUCUCAGUAACGAGGUCGAGGACAUCUCCUCCAACAAGUUGAAUCCGCGAUUAAAAAUAGAGGAGGUCUACCCGUUGAGCGACCUCACGGAGAACCCCCGUAGCAUCGCCAAGAAACAGCAGAUAGAGACUCGCAUACUGAGCAAGCUGAAAAAUGGGGGCGGUACGCUGUUCGGUGACCUGAAUUAUGGCAAGUCGUACGCGGACACCGUGCCCCUGUUCAAGGGCCAGAAGAUUGUGCACUUGGAUCUGAAGGGUGCGCCUCCCAAAGUGAGUUACUACAAGUACCUGCUGAAUUUGCUCAAAAAAUUAGGUGCCACAGGCGUGUUAAUAGAAUACGAAGACAUGUUUCCGUUCGACGGACAGCUGAGAAACAUCAGCGCCAGCAAUUGCUACUCCAAAAAGGAUAUCCAAGACAUCCAGGAGAUAGCCGAGGAAAACAAGCUCACGGUGAUCCCAUUGGUACAAACCUUUGGUCAUAUGGAGUUCGUACUUAAGUUAGACGCGUAUAAGGACUAUCGAGAAGUGCCACAUUACCCCCAAGUACUCUGCCCUACUUACAACAAAACGCUUCCAUUAAUUUUCGAUAUGAUCGACCAAGUGAUGGCUGCUCAUCCCGCCGUAAAACACUUGCACAUAGGAGCCGACGAGGUAUACCAAAUCGGAGAGUGUACCAGGUGUUUGGAGACGAUGGUCAAAAGACAGUGGGGCAAAAAGCAGUUGUUCUUGGACCAUGUGACCAAAGUGGCUAGGUAUAUUAAGGAUAAGUAUCCGGAACUCGUCGUCCUCAUGUGGGACGACGAGUUCAGAGAGAUUUUCCCGCAUGAGAUUAUAAACAGAGGACUGCACUCGAUGGUGGAGCCGGUUAUCUGGAAGUAUACCACGGAUCCUGGAGCAACCUUGAACGACCAGCUGUGGGAGAGCUACGCGACCGUCUGGAAGGACGUCUGGGUGGCGACAGCGUUCAAAGGAGCCACCUUGCCGGACAGAUACUACACCGACCUGGCUUACCACAUGGAGAACCAUCAACGGUGGUUAGAGAUCAUCAGCAGGUAUUCUAAUCAGAUCACGUUCAAGGGUGUGAUGCUGACCGGGUGGCAGCGGUACGACCACUUCAGCGUGCUCUGCGAGCUGCUGCCGGUUGCUCUGCCAUCGUUGGCCGUGAACUUAGCCAUUCUGCAGGCUCCCGAGCUGAACAGGUUCCCUGUGAACGUGCCAACACCUGUAAUGCAAGCGCUUCGCUGCGAGGGUAUCAUCUCGCUGACUGUUCCAGAACCUCACUACGGUUGGGCCAAGUGCAGCUACCAGGGCGUGUCGAUCUACGCCAUCGUUCUACGGCUGUUCUCCCUGACCCAGGAGGUCCAGAAGAUGGAGCAAGACAACACCUUCAAAGGCUGGUUAAAACCCUACAAUAUCAAGCACUCGUUCUCCAGCCCCGUCCACGUGGAGCGCGCGGUCGCUGACCUGGACAGACACAAAAUGGAGCUGAUCUACAUCGAGAAAGAAAUGAGAAACGCCAUGGAGGACAUCUACGACAACUACACUAUCCAAGAGUGGAUAGAGACGUACCUGGUCCCGUUGAACGACAAGUUCACCGAACUCUCGGAGGCCAAGACGAAGCUGCUCGAGAAAAACGUUUGGCCGAGGAGACCGCUGAAAUACUCGGAGUUAUAGUUAAUCGUAAACAUUGAGAGAUUGUAGGUACCACGCGUACAAGGUGUCCCGGCUCAGGGUUUCCGCGCGAUGUCAAUCAUAGGUAGCGGGUUGUCGGAUUCGAUCGUCUCGAUGGAAUUCCAAAACGAACGCGCGGGAACACUGAGACGGGACAGGCUACAUAAAAAGAGACUGAAGACGAUAUUAAAAUAAGCUACACGCGCUGGGACUUAUCGUUAAGAGUCUCGGUUUUCUAAAAAAAACGAGCAACAAUCGAUGGUGUAAUGAAAUCUACCGGAGCUAUAAUUUUGCACCUUGUACGUUUAAUAUAUAGAACUCUACUCAAUAUUUCAAUCUCUAACGACUGCACCGUCCGCGAGUUUAUCCUCGUUCAUCCGAUCGUGUUCGAUAAGUAAACGAGAUUUGUUUGUUUUUCUUUUCUUAUUUUUUUUUUUAUUGACCAGAUUUAUAUCUUCGCUGUUUCAGAAAUCGUUUUUUAUGAUUGACCACAAUCGUUCCGCAUACCUGCCUUACCUGAUUUUUACCGACUAAUUUAUUAUCCGUAUUUAUUGACACAGUUGUAACGAAUGCUUCCGAUUUUGCAUGUUUCCUCGCGAAGUCAAUUGUUGAGUAUACGCACACAUACACACACACACACACAUACACUGUGCCCUCCCUCCAGACCCGUUUUCUCUUGUUGAACCGCAUUGUUCUCUUGUUGAAUCUGCGUUUAUGUUUGUCGCGUACGUUUACGUUAUCUCGUACAUGUAACGUUUGCAUGAUUAGUGCCAUUGAGACGAAUAGAUCAUAGGGAAAGUUCUACUCGCGGUUCAUAAAAAUGUAUAGAAAGUUCGGCGAUUAGAUUCGUUCGACCGUUCCGCGUAAUUCGAUCGAUCAUUUGAUAUUUCCUUCGAUUCGACGAAUUCCGGCAGCGAACGCGCGACGACGCGCCGGCCUCGUUUCCAGCAAAUGAUCGAGCAUUCAUCGAGCAUUGAAAUCACCGGAUUCGAGAAUUGUAGCGCCCGCCACGAUUAUGUAUAUUAAUGUACGUUCCAACAAUUAAUACGUACGGUGUAUUAUCCCGAUUAUUGUAAAAGUAUUUUUAACAUUGUUAUGUCAUCUCGCUAUUAACAUUAAUUGCCACGAGUAGUAAGAUUCUAUCGAUAAAUAAAUCUGUUUCUAAACCUAUUGCGAAGA